GAAAUGAGUCUGCCAGUCUGAAUGCAAUAGGACUUAUACUUCUGAGGGGUCAUUUCUAUAGUUUCAAGCACAUGUUUUCUGUGUAAUUAAACCCUUUAGUCUGAUAUUCAACUCAGAGUUUAUUUCCCUUAUGUUGAUUAAAUUUAAGAGGCUAUAAAGAUUGAGUGAACAUACUGUCUACUAUUACAGAGAUGUCAGAACUGCACUGAACCAGAAUACACAAUACCAUAAUAUCUGCCGUGUAUUUUCUAUUUCAUCACACUUCAUAUAUGUACUGAAUAGUUAUUUUAAACUGCAUCAAAAGAUGCUGUCAGUUUAUCUAAGAGCGACAUAUCGCUAAGCUAUCGUGCCAUCAUGAUCAAUGCAAGCUUAUGAAUAUUUUUUUAUAUUUCAUUGGUUUGUAAAAAUUCCAGAGAAAAUAUUACAACUUUAAUUGUUCAAUUCUAAAUUAUGCACAGCAUAAUGCUGGUGGGCAACCAGAGGCUGAGCCACUCAGUCAGCUGGUUCCAUCAGCAGGAAAGGACAGACUGGAAGAAACAAGGGAACACAGUGGGACAAACCACCUGAGAUGUAACUUCAAACUCUGGAAAGCAAAAAAGACAAACAAGUCCAGCCAGAGUUCUCUGCUCUAGCUACAUUUCUUAAAUCAUUAUGCUUGUCCAAAUAAAGAGCUAAAGAUCAGUUUAGGACCAUAGCAACAGAAAAGGAAGAACUCUUAAUUGACAGAGAAAGAGAAUCACAGAAAUCCAGCUCAACAGGUCUGUGAAAUUACUAAAAAAAAAAAAAGAAAUCACCACAAAGAAAACUGAAAAUGCAGCAUUGAGGAAAAAAAAAAAAGAGUCGCUCCUAUCGAGCACACAGAUUGUGCUUGCCUCAUCAAAGGCCGAGUGGACUGGCUCUUAGCUGCAUUUUUUCUCCCUCUUUCUUUCUUUCUCUCCCUCACCACCACAUAUUGCACUGCAACCUGGAACUCCCUGCAUAACAGUGAGCCGGGCAGAAGCCGGGACUAACACGCAGCAUUUACAGAGACACAUCACUACAUUCACAGCAGCCCAGAAAAAAUGUUUGGCUUUAUCAUAUUAAGGUGCCCAGAGGAAGACGAGUGGAGCUUGAGGAGUUAAUGACCAGAGAUGGGGAGAAAUGGUGCUAACACUGAAAUUACAAGAGGCCUCACCAUGCUGACGUCCUCCCUGUUCCUUGUCCUGCUCUGUGGGCUUUUGGGAGGCUGGGUCUUGUCCGUCUGUCCAUCUAUGUGCUCUUGUAGUGGGGGUCACCGUGACGUGGACUGCUCUUUCAAAAGCCUAACCAAGCUGCCACAUGGCCUGCAGCACAACAUCCGUUUUCUCAACCUCUCAUUUAACAGCUUGAAAGAUCUUGGAGGUCAGCUCAGCCGCUAUGAUCACCUGCGAACCCUGGAUCUCUCCUACAACCACCUGGAAAGCCUGCCGUCUGUCUUGCCACGGUCUCUAUGGGACAUCAAAGCAGCGUGGAACCGUCUACGUUCGCUUGACAAGAAAGAUACGGCUUACCACUGGAACCUUAAGCUGCUGGACCUGUCGCAUAACGCACUGGACAGAAUAGUUUUCAUCAACAACACUCUCCUUAGUGUUACAUCCCUCAACCUCAGUCAUAACAGAUUUUGGACUGUGCCCACAAACAUGCCUCACAACUUGGAAAUUAUUGAUUUGUCAUUUAACUAUUUGGUUCAGAUUCUGCCUGGCUCUUUGGAUCGGCUUCCAAAGCUGGUUAAAUUGUAUCUGCAUGCUAACCACUUCUCAGUACUGCCUGAAGGUAUAUUUGAUAAACUGAGAGCACUGACAACAAUCACGCUUGGAGAUAAUCCCUGGGCUUGUGAAGAAGAAGACAGCAUAACAAGAAUUCUUAGAUGGGCAGAGCAAACUCCUGCGACUGUGUUGGGGUGUCCCUGUUAUACAACACCAGUCUGUGGACAAAGCCAUCUGGCAACAAAGGAAAGACUCCUGGAUUCUGCUCCACUCACAGAGUCAACCAUGAACAAUAGAGGAGAAGAAUAUGACGGCAUGUCCACUGCAAGGACUGUUGUGGUGACUUCUGCUUAUGAGACAAUUCCUUCACAGCAUAAGACUGGGUUGGGGAUGUGGACCUCCUCUACAGGUUUCCACAGUGUCUCCAAACUCACAAGUACAACAGAACACCUGCUAUCUUCCACUGUAAAGCCCAAGAUGGCCAACUCCCGGAGCAAAAGUCAAAAAGUAUUUGCUCAGAUUGAAAUGGUGCUUCUAAAUAUUUUUGUUCCAACAAUAGCGUUCAGCAUGUACUGAACUAAAGUCGCUUGACACACUAAAUUAGACACCACAUUACCUUUAUGCUUACAUGUGGAGUGCCAUAUGAUGCCUACAAAUGUUAGUAGUUAUGUUUGCAAUUGAAUAGUUGGAACACAAAUGCAUGAUCCUGUCAUUCCUUGUGUGGGAAAUAAAACUUCUCUAUUGAGAUCAUUCGUUAUUCGCCCUAUAAGAUUUUCAACAGGAUUAAUACAAAACUGGAAGCAGAACCACAAGGAUUAUAGUAGAGCGAUAUUACAAUGUGACACGAGUUCUUCUUGGAUUCCUCAGUCGAGUUUGGUUGCAGUCAUCGGUAUAGUUUAAUAUUUGAUGAAUAUUUGGUAAAAUUAGGGGCUAAUGAUGAGCCAAAAGACAAAACAAAAACAAAAAAAAACAUUUAUUUUUCUUUCAUAGUGCUGUAUAAAGUUAGAAACUUUAACAAUAUUUUCAAUGAAAAAGGUUUCAGCAGACUUUUGAACUAAAACAUGGGCUCAGGUUUUAUUGCUCAAUACUAUUUUUACAAUACAUGAUAGGAUAAUCCUUUAUUAGUUCCACAAGUGGGAAAUUUGCAUCGUUACAGCCGAAAGUGGACAAUACAAAAUAAGAGCAGAAUAAAUGAAAAGCAGAAAGAAUAAAAAAAAAAAAACAUAUAGUGUAUCUAGAAAUAUACAUAUGAAAAUACAAACGUAUUUACAAAAACCUUAGGUGUACAAGGUUUCCCUAGAAAACUUGCUAACAUCAGUUUUAAGGGCAAAAGGGCCUAGCAUGGUAAAAACCAGCUCUUUGUUCUCUGCUGUUUGCUACGUACAGAUGACUUGGGCUCUCUACUACAGAGAAACGAUUGCUUCCAGGAGGCGUGCACUCUGUUGAAGACUGAAAUGUUACCAAAACGCCAAUGUUGGCCAUGAACUAUGUAACGCGCCAGUUGGAUGCUGUUGAGCUUACUGGAAACUCCCUGCGUUGUAAACAACUAUCCUGCACUGCGGAGAGAGUGCCUGAAUUAUUCUGAAUAAGUACUACUAUUUAACAGUAAUCAGUUUGGUUUCUGUCAAUUUGUCAAGAUGCAAGAGAGCAAAUUAAUAUUUUAUAUUGGUAAUUAAAUUUUACAUAAUUGCUGUUGUAAAAGCCAUAGUUUUUAACCAACUAUGGCUUCUAUACUUUAUGAAAUAUUUCAUCCUAUUUGAUGCUUGUCAUAAAUACUGCCGUGUUCUACAAAUAAACGUGGGAAUUAGUGCAGUUUUUGUCAUUUAUUGAACUGUAAGAAAUUACAGUGGCUGCAAUGUGCCACAGCAAAGAGAAAAUAACACCGAAAACAGGUAAAGAACAACUCAAAACCUUUAUGUUCUGCUUUUCCCCACUCUGUCGGCUUUAUACUACACUCAGACCCAUUGCCAUGGCAACUGACGGACAACAUCUCAAUGAGCCACUAGAGCAGAGAUUACGUUCAAAUGUAUCAGGAGGAAUCAACACCAAAAACCAUAAAAACAUUUCCCACACAAAGUAGUAGGUAAAAACCCCAUAACAGAACAUUCAGCCCGAUGCUUAAUCUGACCUCCAAUCCUUAAAAAAUUCCUUUGAAAAAAUAAAAUCCAAAUGAGCUAAAAUUUUCAGGAUGGUUUCCUUGAAUUAUUCUCCACAUAUUUUACACUUUAUGUAUGAACAUAUGUUCAUAUCCAUCACUUUUUUUGCAAGUUUGUCUUUUAACACAAAUAUCUGUAUCUUUCACAAUCCUUUGACAAUCAUGACUAAAUUGCUCACAAUUGUGUGGAACACUUCAGUCUUAGUCAUUCUGCAAAGUUUGUUAAGAAUCUGUGCUUCUUUGUUUGAAUAACAGGAAAUCAACCUUUGACACCAAGUGCUCUUGAUGUGUAAAGUUGUUCUAUGCAUUUAUACUUCAACAGAACAGGAUUAAAAAAAUUAGCAUAAAUGACAAGCAUUUAUUUUGAUUAUGUGGUAAAAUUUUCACAUUUUUACUGCAAACUAUAACGUUUUAGGGAACUUUUGAAUUUUUGAACAUAUAAAAAAUCCAUAGGCUAAAGGACAAUAACAUUGCCUAAAUAGUGUAGUCAUCCUACCUGGCCACAUGAUGGAGCAAAACUGAAGUAAAUACAGACAUGAGACUUCUUAAAAUGAAAAA